AUAGGAAGAGAAUCUUUUCUUCUUAUACUUGUUAUUUGUUUCUUCUGUGCUCAGUCUCUCUUCUUGUUUGUGGAGGUCAGUUCUAUUUCCUAGUUAUGUCCAUCUUGAAUUCCACAUUUUCUCAAAACCCCUUAUUUCUCUCUAAUUCUUGAAAAUAAACCUAGAAAUUGCGCACCGUUAAUUUGUUGGUAACGAAGAGAACAAGGACUAGCUAGGAAAUAGGAUAUCUUUUGUGCUACUAUGGAAGAUCUCUCUUUAAAAGAUGACUUGGUUGAAGAAAAUGGCUUAUAUACAGAAGAUGGAACAAUUGACAUUCACAAAAAACCUGCCAACAAGAAAGCCACAGGAAAUUGGAAAGCAUGUCGCUUUAUUCUCGGAAAUGAAUGUUGUGAAAGAUUGGCUUACUAUGGCAUGAGUACAAACUUGGUGAACUAUCUCAAAGAACGUUUCGGACAAGGAAACGCAACUGCUGCAAAUAAUGUCACAACUUGGUCAGGAACAUGUUACCUCACACCAUUGCUUGGAGCCUUUUUAGCUGAUGCAUAUUUCGGAAGAUACUGGACAAUUGCUAGUUUCUCAUGUAUCUAUGUCAUUGGAAUGGCGCUUCUAACAUUUUCCGCGAUUGCACCAGGUUUAAAGCCUUCAUGUGAUGCUAAUGGUUGCCAUCCAACAUCAGGACAAACUGCAGCUUGCUUUAUAGCACUUUACUUGAUUGCUCUUGGAACUGGCGGUAUCAAACCGUGUGUUUCAUCUUUUGGUGCUGACCAAUUCGAUGAAAAUGACGAAACUGAGAGGAAAAAGAAAAGCUCCUUUUUCAAUUGGUUUUACUUCUCAAUUAAUAUCGGUGCACUCAUUGCUUCCUCAGUAUUGGUUUGGAUACAGAUGAAUGUCGGAUGGGGGUGGGGUUUUGGCGUACCUGCAAUUGCAAUGGUUAUCGCGAUUAUAUUCUUCUUCAUCGGUAGCCAAUGGUAUAGACUUCAAAUACCAGGAGGAAGUCCACUUACAAGGAUUUGUCAAGUAAUUGUUGCGACAUUUAAGAAACAUGGGCUACGAGUUCCUGAUGAUAAGUCUCUUCUUUAUGAAACUUCUGAUGCAGAAUCUAACAUCAAAGGAAGCCGCAAACUUGAACACACCGAUGAAUUGAAGUGUUUUGAUAAGGCAGCAGUAGAGACAGAAUCCGAUCGGAUUAAAAAUGUACCGGAUCCAUGGAGUCUAUGCACAGUAACACAAGUCGAGGAGUUCAAAUCAGUCAUUCGUUUACUCCCCGUUUGGGCAUCACUGAUAGCUUUCGCAACAGUAUACAGUCAAAUGGGAACCAUGUUUGUGUUACAAGGCAAUACAAUGGAUCAACACAUUGGCCCUAAAUUCAAAAUUCCAUCGGCAUCCCUCUCCCUUUUCGACACCCUAAGUGUCAUCUUCUGGGCCCCAGUCUACGACCGCUUCAUUGUCCCUUUUGCAAGAAAGUACACCGGCCAUGAACACGGAUUCACACAACUUCAAAGAAUCGGUAUCGGCCUAAUCAUCUCCAUCAUUUCCAUGAUUGUGGCCGGGAUCUUAGAAGUCAUUCGUCUCGACAUAGUCAGAAAAAACAACUACUACGACCUCGAAACAAUCCCUAUGUCGAUCUUUUGGCAAGUACCACAGUAUUUCCUUGUAGGCGCCGCCGAAGUUUUCACAAAUAUCGGUCAGAUGGAGUUCUUUUAUGGUCAAGCACCUGAUGCUAUGAGAAGUUUGUGUUCUGCACUUUCACUCACAACAAAUGCAUUGGGAAGUUAUGUGAGUACAUUGCUUGUUACUAUUGUCACAAAAGUUACUACAAGAAAUGGAAGUCUUGGUUGGAUUCCAGAUAAUAUGAAUAGGGGCCAUCUUGAUUACUUCUACUGGCUUUUGACAUUUCUUAGUGUGAUCAACUUCAUUGUGUAUCUAUGGAUUGCUAAGAGGUAUACAUACAAAAAAGUGACUCAUCUUAAGUGAAAAAUGUAAUGUACCCUGAUGAUGAGUAAAUUGAGGAGUUGAUGCCUUAGAUUAAAAAAAAUAAAGUAUUGAGAUUUAAUAAACAAUUUAUAAUUUGUAUGUGUACAUAAUGAAAAUCUCUGCUGUUUAAUGGAUAAAGUGUAUCAUUUUACUCCUUUAA